UAUCACCUAUGCACAUGCAUUUGCCUAGUUCUCUUUCAAAGCUGCGUAACAGUACAGUUCUAUGAAGAGUUAGCCCACUGAUUUCAAUGGGCUUAGACUGGAGUAAUUCUGCAUCACAUUGCACUGUAAACCAGCGUUUCUUGUCAUCUCUUGUAGCAGCAGGAUGUUUUAUUAAAAAUAGUUCUUUCUUGCUCUUCAGAAAGCUUCAGGAGUUCAUUCAGUACAAAAAAGAGGAGGGAGGAGAGAGAAAAGGAUGUGCCAGGAUGUGAUGCACCCAGUUGUGAUACAAAAAGACAUAAUGGAAGUCUGGGGUUUGCAUGGAGUGUUAUGGAUUCUCUUGAGUGGAUGUAUUCUGUCUGCAAUUUGUGCAGAAUUUCUCUCUGUUGAUUGAACAGACAAAGGUCCAGAGAAUUAAUGACUGCAAGAGUUACAUCCUUUUUCCAAGGCUCCUGUGGUGCUCAUGCAGCACAUCUGAGAAACCAUGAGAUUCUUAUCCCUUGCUGCUGUUAUUUGGUGUAUCCUAGUACCGCCAUCUGAAGCUGCUAAGAGUUUUGAGGACAUCCGUUGCAAGUGCAUCUGCCCCCCAUACAGGAACAUCAGUGGACACAUUUAUAAGAAGAAUGUGUCUCAGAAAGACUGUAACUGCUUGCAUGUGGUGGAACCGAUGCCUGUGCCAGGAAAUGAUGUUGAAGCAUACUGCCUGCUAUGUGAGUGCAAGUAUGAAGAACGGAGCACCACCACCAUCAAGUUCAUAAUCAUUAUUUACCUCUCGGUGAUUGGAGCCCUGCUUCUUUACAUGGCCUUUCUGAUGCUGGUUGACCCCUUGAUCCGUAAACCAGACGCCUACACUCACCCAUUGCACAACGAAGAAGAGAGCGAGGAUGCCCAUUCAUUGGCAGCGGUGCGUCCUGCUACCAGCACCAGAGCAAAUACAGUGCUGGAGAGAGUGGAAGGAGCUCAGCAACGGUGGAAGCGUCAGGUGCAGGAGCAGAGGAAGACGGUCUUUGAUCGGCACAAGAUGCUCAGUUAGAGCUCACAGAGAGUUCCCACUCCAGGAGUGAACGGCAUCUGUGGAUUAGCUAGGCAGAUGAAAAUGUCCUAUUAGCCAGGGCAAAAGAAGCCUGUAGCUUGAAUUUGUUGCACCUUUCCUUCCUUCCUGAUUUGUUUGUUGUUGUUUUUUCAAAAAGUGAGGUUGAAGCAAGAACCAUGGGCUGCACAUCCCAAAAUUAUUUAUUUAGCAUGUCACUCACUGGGGUGGAUCUCUGGAAAACUGUACCUCACUUAACUGUACCCCCCUCCCACACACACACACACACAAAUUACCUCCAUUCUUUCUCCCUUUUUUAAAUAGCCUACAGGUCUUAAUUGGGAUUAUAACAGACUUUGGGGUGAGAGAAGACUAAAACACACACACACACAUGCACACAUAACCCAGUGCUCAAAGUAAAAGCUUCCUUUUGUAGAACACAUAAUAUGUAUAACUGAAACAUAUGAACUUGAAAGAAACGCCAAGGAUUUAAUCCUGGGAGGCUUGCAACUUGUUGAACAAUGCUGGUUUCAAAGAAUCAGCUUUUGUUCUGCUAAAGUGUUUCUCCUGUUCUGCUGCACUGUUUCUUCCUGAUCAAGCUAAGGAGAUUUAGUUAAAAAUCCUUAACCUGCACUUGAAACUGUGGAUUUCUCACCCUCUUCCCAGACCUUAGAAUGCUGGCUGAAAUUCUAAGGGCCCUUUCCUGGGGGUAAGCCCCACUAAAUACUAUGGAACUUACUUCCAAGCAAGCCUUCUUAGGAUUGAUCCCCAAGUCCCUUAGAACUCUGAUCCUGUUGGCUGUGAGCAAAUUAGGAUAAGGCUGCUACAACAAGUCCAUAUGGUAAAAACAUUCCAUUCAUAGACCAAGUAGUGAGUGCUGCUACCUGACUUUUUUGUGAUCAGUGGAAGUGGGGAAGUACCUCUCCUACUUGCGCUGAAUCUGCCUGAGUUUUGAAACUGUAAUUAGCAG